AAUAUUAAAUUUAAUAUUUCUCAGGCAAAUCUAAAGAAAAAACUAGAACAAAUCAAACAUCCCAACAGUCGCAAGACCAAAGCAUUGAGUAAAAAAGUUAAACGUCUCAAUAACAAACACAAGAGUCGCCUUGGUCAUGCCAUAAAAAGCAACCUUAUUGGCGAGAAACUUAAUUGGUUCCUUGGUCAUAUUGAAGAUCGUACCAGUCCAAUUACUCCUGAAGAAUUCGAAGAACUUAUUAAACUUUAUUUGAAUCGAUUCGAGGAAGAACUCGAACAAAUUGCAUUAAAACAAUCGAUUUCAAAGAACCGCGCAAAUCAACAUGCAGCUCGGCAAGAUGUUAUCAAAAUUACAUUGGAGAAGGAGAAGAAUGAAUUUUAUGGCGGUGGAAUGGAAAUGAUAAAUCUAUGUGAUCCGGUUAAAUUCAAAUCACUAAUGGAAUGGGAUGGCAAUGCAAUAAACGUGCAACAUCUGAAAUUCGAUCUGAUUUCCAAUGGAAUGUUACAGAGACUCAAAAAACCAAAUCCUUGUAUUGUAGUGACACCCUGCAGUGAUGGUGAACAAAGCAUGGAUGUGUCGACGAGUGGGUAGUAAUUUAAUUUGAGUUUUACAAUUGUUUAAUAUUUUUUUGUAUGGAAUAAAAGUAAAGUAGGUG